AUGAAAACUAAAGAUUAAGUGCUCAAAUAAGUAUAUGAAAGUAUUGAAUUAUUUUAUUAAGACGAUAAUAAAACAUUUGGUAAAAAGAAUAAGCCAAGAAAUGAAGAACCAACUAUGUUUGACAUUAUGAAAUGGCCUCGACAGUAGGAUGAACCGUGGGAUUUUAAAAAGAAAAUCUAAGUAGAAAAAGAACCAGAAACCAAAAAGGUUACUGCAAGAAUCAAUCAUGAAAAUUAACAUUGGCAAACCGAAAAUAAAGAUAAUUUUAGAAAAAUUGAAAAAUUAAAGGUUGAUGAUUCCUAAAUUUAUGUGUAAAAAUUAGAUGAAAAAACCAUCAAAAACAUUGCUAAAUCUUGUGAAUGUUAAAAUAGUAAGGCAUAAUAAGCAAAUUAACCCUAAUAAUAUUAAUAAUAAGAGGAUUUAGAUAAUCAAUAUAAAUUGCCUUUAAAAUGGAAUCCAAAGCAAUAAUCUGCAUAUAGAGAUAACUAUUAAGUGAAAGAUAUAAAGGAUUAAAAUGAACUUAUCUAUUAAUUAGAACAAAAUAAUCAAAAUUUUAAAGGAUAAUAUAAAGUGGUACAUCCAUAAGGUGGAUUUUAUUAUGAAGAAUCUAAAAAGGAAGAGGAAGAUGUAGUAAGUUCUGAAGAAGAAGAUGAAGAAGUUAAUGAUUAAUAGAACGAUGAUUAGGUGAAGAAGAUGACAACCAAAUUCAUCAAGAAAGCGAAGACUUUAGAUCCAAAUAACCCUGAAGAUGCUGAAAAAUUGAAAAGAAGAUAGGAAAGGAUUAAGAAGUUUAAUGGUGAGACAAGAUGGAUAGCAGAUUCAGCAUUUACAACAUACUUUGGUAAACCUGCUUGGGGUCCAUAUGGGUAUAAUAAUGUCAAUCCGACAGUUGGAGGAGUAAUAUAUGGGCAACAUCUACUAUCGCACAAUGUGUAACCUCAUAGAAAUAGGAACGAUCCAUAUUACAUAUAGACAUAUUAGAACGCAUUAAGAAAAGGAGCUGCAGUUGCUAAUGUAGAACCAGAACCCCCUCGGAAUUGCAGAGAAGAGGAUAGAUUAAAUCCAGAAUAGGUGGAAGCAUUAAAAUCAAGGAACCCUUUGACUCCGUAACCAUACUAAGACUUAAAGAAGUAAUUGGAUUCAAAAGGCAAAUAAGUUAUACCUGAGUUCAGCAUUAAAAAACCAGAUUUGAGUAACACUCUAAGGUUUGCUUCUGAAGCAGGGAGUGUUUAAGGUGAAUAACUUCAAUAGGAGAAUAAGAAGAGUCAACAAAAGAUUAAGAGGCCAUAAUCAGCUUUGGAUAAUAGAACAUAGAAAUCAUAAAAUGAGAAUAAGUCAAAAAUAAGCAAUGAUUAGAAAACAAAGGAUUCUAAAAAGAAACUAGACAAGAAAGUUUAAAUGCAAUCAGAAUCAAAUUUAAAAGUUGAUGAUUAAUUAGCUAUUCCUGAUAAGGCAAGCAACAAGUUUAUAGAAGAAUUAAAAUAGAAGAAGGAAAAGGCUAAUCGAUUGACUUGCAAAGUGAAUGAGAUAAAUCCUUCAUUAUUGAAAAAAUCACCUAGAUAGGAGUAGAAGAAUUAGAUAACAGCUGAUCUGUAGGAAGUGAAAUCGUUUGAUGACAAAAAUCCACCCCCAAAUUAUUUGUAAUCAUUGGACCCAAUAGAAUUGAAUCCUAAAAAUUAUAAGGGAGUUCCAUCUGAUUGGUUGCACAGAAUCCCAUUUGCAGGAAAGAAAUAAGAGAUCAUUAAGAAUGGAUAAUAAACAAAAGAAUGCUUUGAUUAUGGGUUUUGAUUAUAUCAUUAUAUCUUUACAAUAAAUUUGGUAU